AUGGAGACUACAAAAAUCCAAUGGUAUUACGUGGCUGCGUUUGUAGCGCUGAUGAUUUGUGUAUCAGCAUCAGUGAGAGUUGUUCACGCUGCUGUUAAUGCUAUCAUACCUUCGAACGAAGUUUUUUUGGAUUCCGUUUGCAAGUGUUUAAAAGAGGACGCAAAAGAUGGCCUUUGCACUUCGUUCGCAACUACGAGUGGGUACGGAACGAUGCCUUUCUGGAUGACGAGAGAUAUCACUAACAUGGCAAAUGCGUUUGAUUUAGACCGUUUGGUUAAUGCCGGACCAGUGGGGUGUAACUUGACUGAGAUUGAAGCUUUGAGGUUCAACGCGGACUUAAAAUACUGGGAUACGUCGCACGUGACAAACUUUGACUUCAUGUUUCGCAAAGCGAAAAGUUUUGACGGCAAAGGAUUAAGGUUUUGGAACGUAGGAAAUGCAGAAACGAUGCGAGGAAUGUUUCAAGAAACCACGGAAUUCGACGACAACAUCGCAUUUUGGGAUCUUCGAAACGUAAUCGAUCUUUCCAAAAUUUUUUUAAACGCGGAAAAAUUUAGCCAACCGAUUGGUUUUUGGGACGUUUCGAAUGUGGAAACCGCUUUUGGGAUGUUUGAAGGUGCGAAGCGCUUUAAUGAAGAUAUUAGCACGUGGAAUUGGGCAUCUAUUUUCAGCGGCUCGAACCCUUUGAAUUCUUGCAAGAAGAAAAAGAGGAGGAUGCGCGCGUUGUUGCAACAACAAACUGACGAGGAAAGUUUGCGACUGUGCGGCGAGGAAAUAGGCUUGAAGCAAAUGUUUAAGAACGCCCCGAGAUUUAACGGAGACGUUUCUCGAUGGAAGGGCCAGGCCACGGCUUUUGAGCAAGAGAAUAUGUUUGAGGGUGCGGAUAGUUUCAACACGAAAUGGAAAUGUAAAACCGAAUUUGACGGCCCGACUGAAACAUGCAAAGUACGACACGAAGCGGAGGUUCUCGAAGAAAUCAGCGAAAUCAGAGAGUUCUUUCGAAGCACUUAG